AUGGCACCACUCACACUCCAAGACCGCGCACCCCUCACCAACACCACCAGCUCCAUCCCGAAGCUCGGUUUCGGCGUCUACCAGCUUUACGGACAAUCCUGCCAAAAAGCCGUCCUGGAUGCCCUACAGGCCGGCUACCGCCACAUUGACUCGGCGCAACUGUACCGAAACGAAGCCGACGUCGGGGCCGCCGUCCAGCAGUCGCCCAUCCAGCGGGAAGACAUCUUCAUAACCACCAAGAUUCGCCAAUCGGCGGGCUCCCCCGACAAGUCGUACAAGAGCUGCGUGGAAAGCAUCGAGAAAGUAGGCGGCAAGGACGGGUACGUCGACCUGCUGCUGAUUCACAUCCCCGGCACCGGGCGAGAGUCGCGCGAGGAGCUAUGGGGCGUGCUGGAAAGGCUGCACGCCGAGGGGCGAGCCAGGGCCAUCGGCGUGAGUAAUUACCGGCCACAGCAUAUCGAGGAGAUGAAGGAGUACGCAAAGGUCUGGCCGCCGCACGUGAACCAAGUCGAGCUUCACCCGUGGUGCCAGCAGCGGGAAAUCGUUCAAUACUGCGAGGACAAGAGUAUCGUCCUGGCGGCGUACAGUCCGCUCUCCUGUGGCGACCACCUGAACGAUCCGACUUUGGGCGCCAUAGCAGACAAGUACGACAAGUCACCGGCGCAAAUAUUGAUUCGGUUCGCGCUCCAGAAGAAUUGGGUUCCGCUCCCCAAGAGUGGCAAUCCCGACAGAAUCAAGCAAAACGCAAAUGUGUUUGAUUUUGCACUGGAUGAAGGGGAUAUGAAGACGUUGGAUGGACUUGACCGGGGUAAGGCGGGGGCUUUGUUCCCGGCUAAUGUGAAAUAA